AAAGCCCACACCGUAAUUAAAGUCAUUCGAACCAACGGCAACCGGGUUCGUCACUGAUCGAUCACAUCGCUGAUCUGAAGAACACAACAACACAAACACAUCAUCACCGUAAACUUGCGCGUGAUAAAACCGCGGGAAUCAUCUGGAUCCGAUCUAUUCGGCGCCGGCGUUUCGAAAUGCUGGAUUUUGGUUCCCCAAACUGAAAUGCAGUCCAACUCACUGCCAUUUCCGCUGAGCCCAUUCGUACUGAUUAAUGGCGGUGAAUUAAGCGAAGGCGGCUUCGAAUUGUCUAGGUUUUUGUUUUUGGGAUCCCUUCUCUUCUCUCAGGGUGACAGUAUGGACUUGUCCAAGGUCGGAGAGAAGAUUCUUAGCUCCGUUCGCUCUGCCCGAUCCCUCGGCCUUCUCCCUUCUACCUCCGAUCGCCCUGAGGUUCCCGAACGAGCUGCAGCUGCCGCUGUUGCUGCUCGAGUUCUCGCUUCUCUUCCACCGCAUCAGAGAUAUAGUUUGGCGUCGAGUUCUGAAGAAUUGAGCUCAAUCUAUGGAAGCAGUCCUAAUAUUAAAAUUCCAGAGGAACUGGAAGAGGAAUUCUAUGGAGAGGAAUUCGACCCAGUUAGGCAUGUCUUAGAGAAUAUUCCAUCUGAAGAGACUGAUCUAGCAUAUUUUGAGGAACAGGCUGCUGUGAGAUUAGCGCAGUUAGAUAAAAUAUCUGAGCGAUUAUCACGUCACGUUAUGGAACAUCAUGAAGAAAUGGUGAAGGGAAUGAAUUUGGUGAGGGAGUUGGAGAAGGACUUGAAGGUUGCAAAUGUCAUUUGCAUGAAUGGACGAAGGCACCUUAUCUCCUCAAGGAAUGAAGUGUCAAGGGAUCUCAUUGUUACUAAAAGUUCUAAGAAGAAGCAGGCGCUUCUGGACAUGCUUCCAGUUGUGACAGAGCUUCGCCAUGCAUUAGAAAUGCAAGCAGCUCUGGAUUCUCUCGUUCAAGAAGGAAACUUUUCAAAGGCAUUUCAAGUGCUAUCAGAGUAUUUGCAACUUUUAGAAAGUUUGUCGGAGCUUUCAGCUAUACAAGAAAUGAGUCGUGGUGUUGAAGUUUGGCUCGGUAAAACUCUUCAUAAGCUAGAUUCACUUCUGUUGGGAGUUUGUCAGGACUUCAAAGAAGAUGGAUACGUUACUGUGCUUGAUGCUUAUGCAUUAAUUGGAGAUGUUUCUGGACUUGCUGAGAAAAUACAAAGCUUCUUCAUGCAGGAGGUUAUCUCCGAAACACAAUCUGUCUUGAAGACUAAAGUGAUGGAGGACAUUGAGCAUCAUAAUAUUCAAAGUUCUAGGCUUACUUACAGCGAUCUAUGCAUUCAAGUACCUGAAUCAAAGUUUAGGGAGUGUUUACUAGCAACAUUGGCUGUAUUGUUCAAGUUGAUGUGUUCUUAUCAUGCAAUAUUGAGCUUCCAGCUGGAGGAUGAGAACAUACCCAGCCCGGAGAGAAAUCAAGGUAUUAACCACAAGAUUUCAGAUGUACAUCAAAUGGAUGAAAUAUCGAACUCCUCCAAUUCCAAAAAGGGUGAUGAUGUGCUUACUGCAGUAAAUGGCGGUGUGCAAGUCUUGUCAUCUGUGCAAGAGCCAUCAUCAAAUUAUCUCACAAGUCCUGAUACCAAUGGAAGUAACCAUGUUGGGCAUGUAGAUUACUCAGAUAAUGAAAGGGAUGGUGGCAGUGCUGCAUCGAGCAGUGGGUCACCGUGGUUUCAGCUUCGUAAAGAUGCUAUAGGUUUGGUUUCACAAACAUUACGAAGAGGCCGCAAGAAUCUAUGGCAGCUUGCGACAAGCCGUGUAGCAGUUUUGCUUUCUUGUUCUGCGGUUUGUUCUGCAAGCACUCAUCAGUUCCUGAAAAAUUAUGAAGAUUUGAGUAUCUUCAUCUUGUCUGGAGAAGCCUUCUGUGGGAUUGAAGCAGUUGAGUUCAGGCAGAAAGUGAAAGCUGUUUGUGAAAAUUACUUCAGUGCUUUUCACCGGCAAAACAUACAUGCAUUGAAAAUGGUUAUGGAAAGGGAGAAUUGGUUAACUCUCCCACCAGAAACGAUACAAGUUGUAAGCUUUUCAGGUCUUCUUGGUGAUGGAGCAGCUCUUAUUGUUUCAUCGAAUAGGUCUUCUGAUGGUCAGUUGAUGCGUGUUCAUAAAUACUCAAAUGCUGUUGAAACUGGUUCAAAGAUAUCUGGGUUUGAGAAUUGGCUUAAAAGCGGAAAUCCCUUUUUGCCUGAACUGAAUGGUAGUCCAAGGGAGCAUUCUGAUGUCACUUUACAUAGUGGUUCCAUGGCAACUGGAGAUUUUGGGAGUCCUGUGGGAAAAUCUCAUCAAAGUAAAGCUUCUCCUAAAGGUGCUGGCCAACAAGACGUUAAUGGUAAUGCUUCCUUUUCAGAAGAUGAAAAUGAAGACCUUCAUGCUGAUUUUAUUGAUGAAGAUAGUCAACUACCGAGUCGCAUUUCAAAUCCCAAUCAUCGAAGAAAUCAUUCUUCCCAUUGGAAUGAUGAAGAAAAGAAUGCUCAAACAGGAUCGUCACUUUGUCUUCUAAGGUUGAUGGAUAAAUAUGCGAGACUAAUGCAGAAGUUAGAGGUAGUCAAUGUUGAGUUCUUUCAGGGAAUCCGCCAAUUGUUUGGGAUCUUUUUCCACUUCAUAUUUGAGAAUUUUUGUCACAUUCAGCAUAGUGGAAGAGGCUUUUCUGACUCUCUUUCAUACAGGUUAAGGACAGCUUUGUCCCGAAUAACACAAGACUGCGAUCCGUGGAUAAAACCCCAACAUGUACCAGUUUCCUCCUCUUCCCCUACAUCAACUAAUAGUUCUUUCAGUCUUUCAGAAGUCACCCCGACGAGUCCACCCAGCAGCUUGCCUAGCACCUCAUUUAGUCUAAAGGAAAGAUGUACCGCUGCUGACACCAUAUCUCUUGUUGCCCAUCUACUGCAUAGAUCAAGGACCCAUCUUCAGUCCAUGCUUCUGCAUAAUAAUGUGGCAAUAGUUGAAGAUUUCUAUGAGCAUUUGGUGGGUGCCAUACCAGAUCUGACUCAGCAUAUUCACAGAACCACUGCAAGACUGCUUCUUCACAUAAAUGGGUAUGUUGAUAGAAUUGCCGGAGCAAAGUGGGAAGUAAAGGAACUUGGAAUGGAGCAUAAUGGAUACGUGGACUUACUGUUGGGGGAGUUCAAGCACUACAAGACACGACUUGCCCAUGGCGGCAUCAGAAAGGAGGUUCAAGACCUCCUCUUGGAGUAUGGAGUUGAAGUUGUUGCUGAAACUCUUGUUGAAGGUCUAUCUAGGGUGAAGAGGUGUACUGAUGAAGGGCGAGCCCUUAUGCAACUAGAUCUUCAGGUUUUAAUAAAUGGCUUGAAGCAUUUCAUCUCAGUUGACGUAAAACCAAAACUGCAAAUAGUCGAAGCUUUCAUCAAGGCAUACUAUCUUCCAGAAACUGAAUACGUUCACUGGGCACGAGCUCAUCCUGAGUAUAGCAAAAGCCAAGUUGUGGGUCUAAUCAAUAUGGUAGCAACAAUGAAGAGUUGGAAAAGGAAGACAAGAUUGGAAGUGUUGGAAAAGAUUGAAUGAGAACGAGGUGUUUCUGUAGCUUCACCCGAAUGGCAUGAGAUGAAGAGUUUGCUAUAUAUUUUAUUCAUAUUCAAAUUUUCCCUGUACAAUCCCUGUAAAUUGGAUGUGUUUAAUUCUUGCCUUUUUUAGACGGGUGAUGAUCUUAGAAGCUGUAUAUUUUUCCUUUUUAGUAUAGGCUCCCUCUUUAUCAGAAAUAUAGCCAAGUGUAAUUUCGACCACUACCCACAAACACUUAAUAUUAUAUCUUUAUAGUCAAAAUUGGUAGUUUUAACCCCCCUCAAUAAAAGAAGAAAUGUACCAUAGAUUGUGAUUAUUUUGCUGAACAAGAAAACAUCUAAAGUUAAAAUUACCUCUUGACAGCGCAUGGAUACCUUCUGACAGAACAUGAUCCAGAUUUGAAGUUCGAACUACUGGUAUUUUUUGUUAGUAGUAUUAGGGGUGAGUAAAUCUGAGUGUCUGAUGAGAAUACAGGGUAUCCACAUCCCAUAACCUUUCAUUUUCCUGUUUUUCCACAACUGACUAAAGUCACAGUAUAAGUGGCUUUCUCAGCAAUUUCAUCUUUGAAACAGUUGUCAUUUCAUCAAUGCUUGCUUGGUCAUCUGUUCUCGAAGAGAGUCUAUCGAUUGUUUUCUACAUUGCAUCUCAUUGCCUCCCAGGAGAAGAAAUGAAGAACGCACAAAUUGUCACCGCAUGAUCUGAAAUAACUCC